AGGUCAUUGCAGUAGGCCGGCGGGAGUUAAGAAAUGGCGCAGAUUCUGAUCCAUGGCACACUUCAUGCCACCAUUUUUGAAGUGGAUAAGCUGCACUUGGGAGGUGGCCCUGGCCCUGGCCCAAGUUUCAGUGGCCCAAAAUUCUUGGCGAAGCUCAAGGAGAAAUUCGAAGACAACAACAAUGGAUUUGGCAAACCGGCUAGUAGACUAUAUGCAACAAUUGAUCUAGAAAAAACCAGAGUUGGCCGGACAAGAGUGCUGGAACGCGAGAAUGUCAACCCUCGAUGGUAUGAAUCUUUUCACAUUUACUGUGCUCAUAUGGCUUCUCAUAUUAUCUUUACUGUUAAAGAUGAUAAUCCAAUUGGGGCAACUCUAAUUGGAAGAGCUUAUGUACCUGUUGAGGAAAUCCUUGGUGGGAAAGAAAUAGAUAAAUGGGUUGAGAUCGUUUAUGAACAUCCUAAGCUUAUUCGUGAACAUUCAAAGAUCCAUGUCAAGCUUCAAUUUCUUCCUGUUACUAAUGAUCUCAAUUGGUCAAGGGGAAUCAGCAAUCCAAAAUUUCCCGGUGUCCCUUUCACUUACUUCCAACAGAGAGAGGGAUGCAGAGUCACUCUGUACCAAGAUGUUCAUAUCCCAAACAACUUUAUCCCCAAAAUCCCUCUUUCAGGAGGCAAGUACUAUGAGCCUCAGAGAUGCUGGGAAGACAUCUUUGAUGCGAUCAGUAAUGCGAAGCACUUGAUUUAUAUUACCGGGUGGUCUGUAUAUACUAAGAUUACCUUGGUAAGGGAUUCGACGAGGCCAAAACAUGGAGGAGACAUUACUCUUGGGGAGCUGCUCAAGAAGAAGGCUAGUGAAGGUGUUAGGGUUCUUAUGCUUGUUUGGGAUGACAUAACUUCUGUGGGUGUAUUUAGGAAUGAAGGAAUUAUGGGUAACCAUGAUACAGAAACCGAAGAAUUCUUCCGCAACAGUGAUGUUCAUUGUGUUCUGUGUGGUCGUGUUCCUGAUGUUGGUGAUAGCUUGGUUCAGGGCUUUCAGACAUCAACAAUGUUCACUCAUCAUCAGAAGAUUGUGGUGGUAGACAGUGAGAUGCCCAUGGCCAGCAGAUCAUCAUCCCAGCAUAAAAGGAGAAUUGUGAGUUUUGUUGGUGGUAUUGAUCUUUGUGAUGGGAGAUAUGAUACACCCUUCCAUUCCCUUUUCAGGACCUUGAACACAGCUCACCAUGAUGAUUUUCAUCAGCCCACCUUCAAAGGUUCUUCAAUCCAAAAAGGUGGUCCAAGGGAGCCUUGGCAUGAUAUUCACUGUCGGCUAGAAGGACCUAUAGCUUGGGAUGUCCUAUACACCUUUGAGCAAAGAUGGUGGAAGCAAGGUGGGAAGAACCUUCUUGUUCAGAUCCGCGACUUUCAAGACAUUGUUCCAUCCUCAUCUCCAGUUAAGUUUCUCGAAGACAAUGAAACAUGGAAUGUUCAGUUAUUUCGAUCAAUCGAUGGUGGUGCAGCUUUUGGCUUCCCUCAGACACCUGAAGAUGCAACCAGAGCAGGGCUUGUUAGUGGUAAGAACAACAUCAUCGACCGAAGCAUUCAAGAUGCCUAUAUAAAUGCAAUCAGAAGAGCAAAGCAUUCCAUUUACAUUGAAAAUCAAUAUUUCCUUGGAAGUUCAUUCUCUUGGAAGCCAGAUCGUGAUAUCAAGGUUGAAGAUAUUGGUGCUUUACAUCUCAUUCCAAAAGAAAUCUCACUAAAGAUUGUAAGUAAGAUUGAAGCAGGUGAAAGGUUUGUUGCCUAUGUUGUGGUUCCUAUGUGGCCAGAAGGUAUUCCAGAAGAUGAUUCAGUCCAAGCUAUUUUAGAUGGGCAGAGGAGGACAAUGGAAAUGAUGUAUUCUGAUAUCACAAGGGCUCUCCAUGCUAAGGGGCUUAAGGCAAAUCCCAGAGAUUACUUGACAUUCUUUUGCCUUGGCAAUAGGGAGAAGAAGAGGAGUGGUGAAUAUGAACCUUCAGAGAAACCAGAGAAUGGAACAGAUUACAGUAGAGCACAGCAAGCACGUCGAUUCAUGAUCUAUGUUCAUUCAAAGAUGAUGAUAGUUGAUGAUGAAUACAUAAUCAUUGGAUCUGCUAACCUUAAUCAGAGAUCAAUGGAUGGUGGUAGGGACACUGAGAUUGCCAUGGGAGCAUAUCAACCUUACCAACUAGCAACCAAGCAUAGGGCAAGGGGUGAGAUCCAUGGUUUCAGGAUGGCAUUAUGGUAUGAGCACCUUGGCAUGCUUGACAAAUCCUUCCUCCAUCCUGAGAGUUUGGAAUGUGUUCAGACGGUGAAUGGGAUUGCAGACAAGUAUUGGGAUCUUUACUCUAAAGAGUCUUUAGAACAUGAUCUUCCAGGCCACCUGCUUAGAUACCCAAUUCAAGUGUGUAGCAAUGGAGAAGUCACAGCACUUCCAGGGAUUGAUUGUUUCCCUGACACCAAGGCUCGCAUUCUUGGUGCCAAAUCUUUGUUGCUUCCCCCAAUCCUCACUACAUAGUAGGAUUGUUAAGUUCAGAUACAGUAAUAUCCACUUGUCUUUGUGUAU